CGUUUGCCGUGGCGCAUCAGCAGCAAAAACGUACGCUCGCUUGCUCGUACGUACGUUCGUUCAUUCGUUUCUUUCGAUUGGGUUCGCUUAUUAUUUUACAUACUUGCGCGCUGGUAUUGUACCGUAUAAUUUGCUGACGUUUGGAAAUGCUGUUGCGAGAUGUGUCGCAGUUAGAACUCCAAACAGAAAACAGAAUUUAAGUGAAAUAUUUGCAAUUUAAGUUUCUGCCGCUUGCGAAAUGCACACAUUCAACUACAUACAUACAUACUCGUACAUGGCCAAAUACAAAUAGGCGCUCAGCCUUGAAGUGAAGAUGGCAGAAAAACAGUGAAAAAUCAGUGACAACGCGCAGAUUUUAGAAAAACUCAAACUAAAAAAUAGCAGCGGCAACAACAACAAUAAUAAUAACAACAACUAAAAUUGUGGUGCGUGUAAUUGUGUUUGAACGCUCGGCUGUUUUGUUGUUGUUUGUGUGUAAGUGUAUGUAUGUGUGUGUGUGUGGAAAUGGAAAAUGAUACAAAUUGCAUUGAGCAGGCGAAAAGGUAAAGUGGCAAAAAAGCAACAAAGAGCAAAAAAGCGCAAAGUGCAAAGUUUGCGAAAAACAAUAUUAAAGUAGAAUCGCAACAUAAAUAUAAACGCAAUAGCGCGCGCAUAAAAUGAAAACACCAACUGGCUGCGUCACAACGUCAACACCGACAACAACAACAACAAGAGUAACAACAACAGUCGCUGUCGACGCGCUGUCGUUCAACUGAUUGCCAAGUGGUGUCCGCGGGGGGAGUUACAUAUGUACAUAUGUACUCGCAUGUAUAAGGUGUAAGGUUGAUGAGCAGUGUACAAAAAAAGAGCUGUCGCUCAAAGUGCAAUGUUGAAAAUACAACUUGAGUUUCAAAAUAAAAUGACAACAACAAUAGCAACAGCAGCAGCAAAAACAGCAAACAUAUAACAAUCAUCAACCAACAAUAGCUUUAACAACAUAAGAAUAUUUAAUAAUUUCAAUUGCCAUCAACGCAAUUGCAUUUAAGCAAAAAAAAUAAAAAAAUCAUAAUAACAACAAAAAACAUAACGGUGUGCCUAAAAAAUAACAGUAGCAACAGUACAAGCAACACUUUGCACUGCGGUGAUAGUAGCGGCAACAACAACACUGGACGCCAUCAAUAUUUCGUCGAAGGCGCGUCGGGGUGGUGGACGAGCGGCAUUUUGGGGCGAAACCGCAAGCAAAUAGUUACAACAACAUUUUCCGGAAGUUGGUCUUUACGUGAACACAAGGCCGUAGACUACAAUAACAUACGCUCCACAUGGAUGCUACAACUGUUGAAUCUAUAAUCGCCAUGCCGCUGGGCGCAGCCGCCACCAACAGCAACACCAAUAUGAGUUGCGGCAGCAGCAGCAGCAGCAGCAAUAGCAGUGGUUAUGCGAGCGCCACCACCCCCACUAAUCCUGCCUCGGCCGGCAGCAGCAGCAGUCACAGUCAAUAUUCGGACUCGCAUUCCAGCACACCUGUAGGCUUGGUCGAGCCGACACCUGUGGCCACGAUAGCAGCCGUAACGCCGUACUACAAUGAGACUUUUCAGCAACAGCAACAGCAACAACAACAGCAUCAGCACCAGCAGCAUCAACCCCAACUUCAUCAUCCGCCACAUCCGCAAUACCAACACCAAACGCAUUCAUAUCAAUUACCCGAGCAGUUGCCAACAUCCUCGCAAUAUGAUAACGCCUACGAUGCGUACGCUUACUUAAGUGGUGGCGAAGGCUAUCAGCAGUCCGUUAGUGGUGCUGGUGGUGGUGAACGGAAUUUAUUGGGCAUGCGGCAUACUACAACGUAUUACACAACCUUGGAAAAGCCAAGUAAGCAGCACACGCAGAUGGCUAGUAAUACUGCCAACAACAACAACAACAAAAUUUACAAUAACAGCAAUAGCGAAACGCCGUUGCACACUUCGAAACGUAUUGGUGGUGAGUCGAACACGCCCGCUAAACCACAAGCCGCCGCAACGCCUUUCUAUGCGCAUUCAGCGCAAACGGGCAGUUCGAGCACUUAUGGCGAGCCGAUCAAAUAUAGAAUGUCCACGGCGCCCAAAUUGCCAACACUCGGCGAUUAUAUGAAUUACGGAAAUCAACCAUUAGAUAUUAGCAACACCAUGAAUUAUACGCAAAAUUUUCCACAGCAUCACGCAGGAAAACCUUUGCAUGACGUACCAUAUGGUGCGGCUGGGACGCAGGUGAAAGCCUACAACGCAAUGCCGAAUGCACGCUUGCCACAACAACGUCUGGGCAUGCAUUACGGCAAUGCAGCUAUGCCUGUGGGCUUACCUAUCGGCAGUGCGUCAAAUAACAGCAAUAGCAAUAAUAACAACAGCAGCAUUUAUAUCGAUAAGUAUGAUAAAUAUUUAUAUACCGCAGUGACCACCGUAGCACAGUCAUCGUAUUAUACAACCACACCACCCGCCAACCUCUCAGCAAUGCCGUACAGCGCGGUACCGUAUGCCACCGCGUCGCCUGCCACCACCACAGUCCCACCGCAAUAUGCUGCUGAAAUGCCCAACGACGCCUACCGCAAGUCAUCGGCCGCAUCGUCUUGGCACUGGAGCAUGGAAUAUAACAACGGUAAUUGUCGUUCGCUACCGCCGCCGCACAACGGCAUACCGACUGCCGCCAUACCGCCGACGAAUGCCAGUUAUGUACCAAGUAACGCCACAGCCGCCGCCACCAAUCGUGAUAUAUACUAUACUACUGAGAAGUAUAACAACAAAUAUGAUAAGUACAAUGCAUAUUAUAAUCCACACCAACAGUAUAUGACGUCGAAUGCGACUGGGCGUAGCGCCUGGUCGAAUUCGCCGCACGCCUCAGCACACCAUGUACCACCCGCACUAGCCGAACGUUUGUCACAUCCUUAUCCACACCAUGCACCAUUACCGACGAGCGGCGUGCCAAACACAUUGGCCCCGUCUGCACAUCCCUCCCUCGCAUAUCAUCAUCCUUAUACACCUACGGCAGCCACAGCCGCUGCGCGCCAAAAUUGUUGCUCACAACCAUUUCAACAACAAAACUGCUACAACCCACGUACGACAAAUCAUCUUCACCUGCCGUCGAACGGAUAUAAUCCACACGGCCAAACGUCACCGUACGGCGCUACCGGUACCGCAGUCGGCAGCAAUAACAGCUCGGUUGUAAAGUAUAACCUGUUGGAUUAUGGCCCUAUCAGCAAAUCUAAGUUGAAUACAAAUGAUGUCUAUGCUACAAUGCCCGCCUAUGAAGCGUCGAAUAUGAAUUAUCAUUCCCAUCCGGCCGGUAUGGCGCCUAGUCCGCAAUAUGCGAACGCUACGGGACCUACUGUUGGACAUCCGCCGCUCAAUCGCAACAUAACGCCGGGUUCACACAGUGACAUUGCGUCUGUUUAUUACAAUGAUCUCAAUAUGCACAGCAGCUACGACAACUAUCUGGGACCUAUACAACCAACAGCGUUAGUUGGAGAACGACGUGAAAGCUUGGUCCAAAGAGUUGAUCAUCUACCCAAUCUGCCACCUACAUACACACAAUCGACGAACUCUACGAAGAAUUCGCUAAUCGACUACCGAAAACCUGCCGUAACGCCAAAUGAUGACAGUUUCAUUGCGGAGCCAACGCUCACCAACUUAGACGAGCACAUGGCUACUAAUAUGAGCCAGAGCCAAUACGAUAACAGCUAUAGUAUGACCGGUGAAUUGCGUACAAACGCAGCAGCUAUGUAUCAUAAAACAACAAUGCGUGAGGGUACCGUGAAGCCUAGCGACUCGACGCCCACAACACCAACGACACCCACUACUAAAACAUACUCCAGCUUACGGGAUUUCCUUAGCACUUGGAAUGAGGAUGAAGAGGAUUACGGUGGUACCGAUGAUCUACAAUUUGUAGAGCACGCACCACAAGCGAUUGAACAAGUCAUGCAUACAGAGCACAAUACUAAGAGUGCUGAAGUAAUAAAUAAAAUGUCGAGCUUGCAAGAACUCGCCAACGAAGCAAAUACACCAGCGUCCUACGGACCUCUGCCGUUGGUAGUAAAUAACUGGCACUUAAAGGAAGCGUAUAACUCGCAACCGAAAGCACAAGCCAGGCACGGGUCUGUUAGCACCAUUAAUAUGGAGGAAAAUCAGUGUGCAAAUAUAAAUUUACCUGACAUCGUAAUUGAUAUCGAGAAGCCUGCCGGCGUUACACCAAAUAUAACAAGCAUACCAAAGACAAACACGACCAAUGUUGCCGCUAAAUCAAGCGUCAGGAAUGCAGGCUAUGAUUGUUUCGAUGUAGAGAAAGAACUCGAUGAACUGAAAACAAAGAAGGUGAAGAUACCAAAAUUGAGUGCUGACACGAUGCCCAUACGCAACGGUAGUGUUAUAAUGAAAGCGGCCACCGAAGCGCUCGGUGUGGUUUCGCCCAAUGCAACGGUCGAAUCCGAAAAUCUUGAAACCAUUGAGAAUAUUAAAACUGUACAUACUGCUGCUAUACCAAUAAUACCGGAGAAUAUAGAAAAAGACUUUCUUUUCGCAGAACAUAGAACAGAUAAUGCCUUAUCAACCGUCCAAACAAAGACCGAGAGCGCCUACGAUAGAAGUAUGGAAUGUGAAAAUACCACUAGUUCCAAUGGUUCCACAUUUGAGAAGGAAUACGAAACCUUUAUUAAUAAAAUCGGAAGUGAGUUUGAUUACAAAGUUAGUGGUAACAACGAGAACAAUUUUGCUUUAGGUGUGAACGAUAAAUCAGCUCAAUCCGAAAUCAAUACCGAUAUUGCCAAAUUAGACCCGGAAGUGUCACCAAUUGUGAUAAGUAACACAACGGUCAAACAAAGUGUCGUAAACGAUAUGGAGAUAGCACAGAAAAUCAAAAGUUUUUCCAAGUUCUAUAAGCGAAAACGAAAAUCUUCAGAAACGAGCAAAGGCAAAAAUGUGACUAAGAUGCUGAAACAAUCGCAUGAAUUGCUCGAACCGGAACAAAACAAGGAAACAAAUAUUACCGAGACGUCCGUUAAACGUUGCGGAAAAAGAAAGUCUAAUGAACGCCUUGAUAACAUUCGCUUGAAAUAUAUACAUAGACGGAAAAACAAAGCUACAUCCUACUAUCAACGUAGUUUACGCGCAUUACGUCGUUACUGGGUUAAGAUUAGCAAACGAUUGGACAUUACCGCAUUGUUAAAGGAAGAAAUGGUCGAAAUGUCAGAGAAAAUCUUACCAUUAACCGCCCGCUUAAGUAUUACGCAAUAUUCGAAUGUGGACGAAAACGAAUUCGAACAAUAUUUCAAUCCGAAAACACUGAAAUGCCUGAGUGUAGCCUUCAUAAACUCUGAAGCGUUCCGAAACAAACUCUUAAAGGGUGCGAAGACAGAAAAAGAAAUAAUUUCGAGCACAGAUAUUAAUACAAAUGAAGAAAUCAAAAGUGUUAGCUUAAAUGACGUAUUGGAGAAAGAGCAAAAUGAUGAUGUAUCUCUCCAAACGACAGACAAUAUUGAUAACCAGAUCUACAAUGAGAUAUCAUCUCCAGUUACCUUGAAAAUAUUAACUGCAGAAAAUAAUAUUGAUGUCAACAUGAGCAACGCUUUUGAAGAGAACAUGCAAAAAGAACAUUCAAAUGAAACUUCGGAAAUUGUUGAGAUAGAAUCUGCAAAACAGCCAGCUGAGCAACCUCAAAUAACUGAAUUGAGCUUCGAGUCCAUUGAGGCUACGCAAAACAGUGUCGAUUCGAAGAAUCAUACUGAGGUAGAUAUGACAUUACCUACUUCUUUGGAUGUAAAGGAUUCGAAAAAUGAGUUCAAUAAUAUUGAAACUGGUGACUCUGAAGAAGUCGAGAGAGCUGACUACACUACGGAACCAAGGGAUGAUGGUGUUGAGGCUAGUACAGAACAAGUGACUGAUGAUAAACAUGAUGAUGGUGAUAGAGUGGACAAUAAAGUUAUUGAAGCUGAAGCAUAUGACGCUGAUAUAUCAGCUGAUGAUGAAACUGAAACGAUGAAAUCUUUAUCAACCGAUAUUCCCGAAACUCUUUCCGAACUAAAUACAAGCGUAAAUUUGAUGGAUAUUUUGGAGAGUCAAUUUAAUGACAAUGAAAGUGUUGAAUAUAGGGCUACUGAUUUAGAGAACCUGGUUCCUUUAACCAAAGAAGUUGUAAAUGAAGAAAACCCAACGGAAGAUCUUGUGAAUCAGCUCACUGAUGAUGUACAAAUUACCCAAAAACAAACGGCGGCGAGUGAUUUAUCUGACGAGAAAGUGGAAGAGGAAGAGCUUGAAGCAAUCGAUCUGACGUGGCCUACAACAGUUGAGGAGGAUUCUAUACAAAAUCCAAAAACAGAACUAAAUGAAUUUGUAUUCUCAAGAACUCAUGAUGAUACGCGGCUUACUGAAUUCUCAGAAGCAUGCAAUAGUGCAGUACUCGAAGGCGCAUCUAGGGAUGCUGCAUAUUCAACUAGAAAUGAUGAUAGUCAUUCAUCCGUUAUGGCAGCGGAAGUUGCUGAAAGUCCGUUUAAGGAGCUCCAUUCGACUUCACCGGUACACAUGAAGAGCGAAAUCAGUAAUGGCACUGACAUAACAAUGUUAAAAGCUUUUGACUUAAAAGAGCAAGCAACUGAGCAACCGCAGUGUUUCAGUGGAGAUGUAGAUUUAUCGGAUUUGGAAAAUAGUCUUGAUAUGUUUGGAGCGAGAAGGAGUGCAGAAUAUUUCACCGCAACGUCGAAAAAUUACUUCGACAAGACUGGGGAUUUUGACGAAAAUUCUACGGACAGUAACUCAUCGAGCAGUUCCGAUUCAUCCUCAUCGUCGUCUGGUCGCAGAUCAAGCACAUCCUCGUCGUCUAGCUCCAGUUCAUCCUCUGACGAGAAUACUCAAAGUAGCAUAUCAACGGUGCAAAGCGAUUUCAAUGAGAUGAAGGAGUUGGAAAGAGAACUCUCACAACAUCAGGCUAAUGAGUUUGAAAACGACGAAAAGACUGCGGCAGCGACCUAUAUUGGCGAUAACAGUAGCGAUGGAGUAUAUAUCAAUUCCUCGAAAACAAUAACGGAAAAUGAUAUUAAAACCUUGAAAAAAAUAUUAGAAAGCGAUAGUGAUGGACAUGAAGAGAUAAGAGCAAACCUUGGAGAAGUUAAAGACGAUUCAUUCGAAGAUGAAGAAAUAUGUGUCGACAGAAAAACAAGCGUUUUGAAAGAGCAACACGCCGAUACAGCAAAUGAUAAUGCGGAAGAUAAUAAACAAGUGCAAAACGAAGACAGCAAUGCAAGUAACGGUGUAUCAAACGUGACAAUGCCUAUGGCAGAGCGUGACUGUGUGGAUACAGAGGUGUUGGAAGAGUGCGUAGAGCGUCGUGAUAAGACGUGCGAUGUCGAAGGUUUGGCGCAUGAGCUGGCAGUGGAGGAAAACCAAACGCAGAAUGAAACUUUGUUUUGCGCCGCAAUAAAUGUGGAUGAUGAUGGCAGCGGGGUGCCGAGUUUAAAGAAAAUAUCAAUAGACUAUUUGGAGAAAGUAACUUCCAAUGAAGAUCAUACAUUAAGUAAUCGAACUGAGGAUGCGUUAAAUAGUAAAAUACCAAAGCUAAGUGACCUUUGUAAAAAUGCCUUAAGUAGUUCCUUUGAAAUUAGCGCCGACAACAACAACAGCAACAACACAAACCAAAACUCGCCCGAAACACUAGAGCGUGAAUUGAGCGUUGAAGAAGCUUUAGCCGAAAUGUAUCGACAAGCCGGUGUCCCAUCCGAUCCCGAAGAUGGCGAUGCUGAGGAGAGAGAAGCUCAAGAUGUAGUACUAAUUAAUUUAGAAGAAAUUUUAGUUAACGAUAGUGAUUUAUAUGUUUUACAAUGUGAUAUGAAUGAAAAUGUGCUCAGCGUUGUGGCGCAUGCGCAUGCGCCCGAUAUGCCCAUGCAAGUCGACGAGAGUAUAGAAGAUAUUGAGAGAACUGUAAAUGCUGAAAUGCCUGCAGAGGAUAUGUUGUUGGGCUUAGAAAGUCCACAAGCAGAGGUGAUAGUGACUGAUGAUAAUAUGCAAACCGAUUUUCUUGGGCCAUUUGUGCACACACACGAUGACGUAGCUAAUUCCCCAACAACAAUACCAUUAACCCCUUACAUUACACCCCCACACACAGUAGAGUACGUUGAGGAUGAGUUGAGGCUCACAAACUAUGACUUACUCAAUACACAAUUCGAUUUCCCCGCCAUACAUCACGAAGAAAUCGUCUCGCACGAUUACAAGCGGCUCAAACGACAGGCCCCACCAUGGUAAUCGUGUACUCAAAAAAUACAUACACCGUUGGAUAUUGCAAUGCCUGAUAGCGCGUUUCAGGGAGCGUGAAUUGAAGAAGGCCCACAUGUAUGUCGAAGAGUAGUGAGGUGAGCAAACAAAAGCGAUUGUACCAUAUUGAAAUACUGAAGGACUUGCAAAAUUGAAAUACUAACGGUUUUGGGUAUGCUAACUUAACGGGGAAUUUGUGUUUAACAUAGAGUGUCUAAGAGACGCGCGUAAAAAAUUUGGCUUUUCUUGCUGAUGGCGAUAAAAAAAUUCAUGUUUCAGCAGCUAUAAGCGCCUAACUUACAUCUUUGUGUGGGGUUAUAAACAGACACUACUGCAUUUAGUUAGGUUAGGUUAGUCUAGUGGCCUUAAAAAAACUAAAGAACUAACUUUAACAAUUUAUGUCGGUAGUAAAGAAAAAGCUUUAAAAACUCUUUAUUUAAAGCUUUAUUAUUAUAUGUUAUUUUUUAUAUAUUGAGACAAAAUGGCGGCUACUGCGUCAAACUUCGCAAUUACUUCGUUUGUCGUACGCUUUAAUAAUUUUUUUCCACCAUUCUACCACUUAGUAAUGCUUCUAGCAUGCUAAAUUGUAGCUUAAACCAAAAAUAAUAUAAAUUUUUAAAAAAUCCUAGACUGACCUAACCUCUUUAAGUUUUUUUUUUUAAGUUUCACUAUGAAAAUAAUUAUAUACAGUUAUAAAGGCCACGUGCUGACACAUUUUCAAUAAUUCCUUUCCUAUUAUUUAGCCUAAAAAGACACAAUGCAACAGUUGUAGAUUACCAUAUAUUUUGUUUGCCAUUGGAAAUCAUGUAUUGUACGAAGAA